AUGUCAGAUUAUCAUGCUUCAAACUGCCGUUUUCAUAGAGCACAAUUUAACAGAAUAUGGGUAGAUAUUGACUCACGCUACAAUGUCAGUCUUGGCACCAUUACGUUGACGGCAAUAGGUACGAAAUUAUUACAGCGAUCGGUUCUUUUUCGAUCGGAUAUUUCAUGUCAUUUUCUAAUGGAAGAUAAUUGCGGAAUCGAAAAACACGGAAGUUAUUACACAUAUUCACAUUUGGUACCGAUUUAUGCCGAUUUCCCUCAAUUUAACGACUAA